AGUGCAUUCGACAUGGUCGAACCAAUGGAGUUCUUGUACAUCAGAAUAGUAAAAGCCAAAGACCUUAUUGAGGUCAAUGAUGAUUGUACUUGUGACCCGUACGUCGAAGUUAGGGUUGGAAACUACAAAGCAAUCACCAAAACUGGUGAGAAAUUACCAAACCCUGAAUGGAACCAAGUGUUUGCGUUCUCCAAAGAAAGAGUUCACACUUUUUUUAUAGAAAUUUUUCUGAAGACUAAAGUUCAUGAGGGUGAUGGGGUGAAAGGUAGACUCAUUCUUGAUGUGAACGAGGCCCCGAAACGGGUCCCACCGGAUAGCCCGUUGGCCCCACAAUGGUACAAGUUGGAGGAUUUGGGUGGUGUAUGUGUGAAGCCGGAGUUGAUGUUGGCUGUUUGGAUGGGGACUCAGGCUGAUGAGGCGUUUACUGAAGCUUGGCAUUUAGAUGCAGUUGGUGUUAGUUGUGAUGAAAUUGUGAAUACCAAAUCAAAGGUGUAUAUGUCUCCUAAACUCUGGUAUCUUCGUGUGAAUGUAAUUCAAGCUCAGAACUUGGAAAUGGUGAGUAAGAAUAAGAGACCGGAAGUUUUUGUUAAGGCGGUGUUUGGGGAAACAACUGCUAAAACAAAGAUUUCAACUAGCAGGAAUGUUCUGAGUCCAUUAUGGAAUGAAGAUUUGAUGUUUGUUGCUGCUGAACCAUUUGAUAGUCUGUUAACUUUGACAGUAGAGAACAAGGUUGGUAACAAUGAGGAGGUAAUUGGGAAGUGUGUGAUUCAUUUAGGGAAAUUAGAGAGGAGAUUAGGUAAUAAACCAGUUGAUUCGAGGUGGUUUACACUUGAGAGACCGGUGGUUGAAGAUGGUAAGAAAAACGGUAAAGAAACACCGGCGUUGUUUAACAGCAAGUUACAGUUGAGGGCUUCUUUAGAUGGAGGGUAUCAUGUUCUUGAUGAAACUUCUCAUAAUAGUAGUGACAUGAGACCAACUGUGAGGCAACUAUGGAAACAGGAAAUCGGGGUUUUGGAGCUAGGAAUUCUGAAUGCAACUGGUUUACCACAGAUGAAGAUAAUGAAGAAUGGACAAGGAGGAAGAACAGAUGCUUACUGUGUGGCAAAAUACGGGCAGAAAUGGGUUCGAACAAGAACAAUCAUUGAUAGUUCUUCACCUCAAUGGAAUGAACAAUACACUUGGGAGGUUUUUGAUCCUUGUACUGUAAUUACAGUUGGGGUUUUUGAUAACUGUCAUUUCCAAGGUCCUGAUAAUGUUAAGGGAGCUAAAGAUUCAAGAAUUGGUAAGGUAAGAAUCAGAUUAUCAACACUUGAAACUGAUAGAAUCUAUACUUACUCAUUUCCACUUCUGGUGUUGGAAACUCAAGGGUUGAAGAAAAUGGGGGAUCUUCAAUUAGCUAUAAGGUUUAGUUGUUCUUCAUUUUUUAACUUGUUACAAGUUUACACUCAACCAAUCUUACCCAAAAUGCAUUACAGUCACCCUUUAUCCUUAUAUCAGCAAGAAUGUUUAAGACACCAAGCUACACAGUUGCUGUCAUUAAGAUUAGGCCGUUCAGAACCGCCAUUAAGGAUGGAGAUUGUGAAAGAUAUGCUUGAUUAUGAUUCGAGAAACUGGAGUAAACGAAGAACAACAGCUAACAGUCAAAGAAUAAAAGCUGCACUUUCUGGUGUAGGAUUUCUGUUCCAGUUUCUGGAAACUCUUUGCAGCUGGAAAAGACCUGUAAUCACAGUUUUGGUUCAUCUGUUUUUAUUCUUCCUGAUAUUCUACCCACAGUUCAUAAUUUCCUCCAUUUGUUUCAACCUCUCUGUAAUCGGGUUGUGGAACUACCGGGCCCGGCCCAGAAACCCGCCACACAUGGAUCCUCAACUGUCUAAUGUUCAUAAACUGAUUCAAGAAGAUUUGGAGGAAGAAUUUGAUGGAAUUCCAACAACUUGCAAGAAUAAUGAUACACUUAAGUUUCGGUAUAACAGAUUAAGAGUGAUUGCAGGGAAAAUGCAGAUAUUACUUGGAGAUUUGGCAACUCAAUUAGAGAGACUUCAAUCACUUCUCAGUUGGAGGGAUCCUAGAGCUACUGCUAUGUUUGUGUGUUUUUGUGUUGUUUCUGGGAUUGUUCUUUCUGUUAUUCCACUGAGAAUAACUUAUAUGGGGUUUGUGGUUUACUUUUUGAGGCAUCCAAAGUUCAGGAGUAAGCUUCCAUCAGUUCCUGUGAACUUUCUUCGCAGAUUGCCAGCGAAAACAGAUUCACUACUUUGAUGCAGUCAGUUGAAAUGUUCAUGAUUUUGAGGAGGUAUAAUCAGAUUUAUGUUGCUGAUAAUCUACGCGAAUACUGUUGUGUUAUGUACAGGAAAUUUGAAGCUGUGUUUUUGUUGGUGUUUUCAUGGUUUUGUUUUCUGAAGAUGUGUGUUUGUUUUUCAGAGUAUAUGAUUUUAGUUUCUGUUUUUAAUUUGCCAUCUUUAUAGAAUCUCUUAGGAAAGCUAAGGGUUGCUGUUGAGUGUUUGACAACACAUGGGAAUAUAAGAAAGCAAAAUGUAAUCAUCCUACAGAAUUUGGAAAAGAUUCAGACACCAGUGAAAA